AUGUCGCCCACAACAAGAAAACGCCAGAAAAAUUAUAUCCCACACGUUCUCGAAGCCGUGAAAAUGCUGCAAGGAAAGGAUCAUGGAGCCUCCACCAAGAAUAUUUUGAAAUAUCUAGAGGAUAAGUUAAAUGAUGAAAUGAAUGGUGUGAAAAUUUUGCCUUCACCAGCUGAUGGAGUGGUGAAAUCCGCCCUCAGGGAGGCUUUGAGUUCUGGUCUACUUGUUCAUUACAGUGGGGUUGGUUUAAACGGAUCAUUCGUAUUACCACUGCACUCCAAAGGAUUAAAAACAAAAGAUAUGGAAGACAUGAAACAACAGGACAAGCAGAAAUCUGUCAUCACAAAAGAAGCAAAGUUGCGAACGAUUUCUUCGCUGGCAAAUAAACUUCAAGAAAGUGCUCGCCUUCAAAAGAAACCGGCCAAGGCGGACUCUGCCUCUAAACGUCGGCGGAUAACCAAGCUUCAGUUGCCAGUUGGCGAUCUUGAGUCAGACAAAGAAGAUCAGUUUGACACUGGAGAGAAUACAACAGCGUUAAAAACAAUCUUGAAACUAUCGCGUAAAAGAAAAUUUACUGGCUCUAAAAUCAAACGAAAGAAAGUUUCAAGAAGAGUCAAAUUUCGUUCGCCACCCCGGGUAAUUUUCAUAACACCUUGCAUUAAGAGACGAUCCAAGCGCAAGAAGGCAGAGUAA